UCUUUUUUUUUUUUUUCUCAUCGCCUUUUUGCUGUGCUUGCCAUCCGGUCCCAGGCCGCGGCGCGGCACAACCCAUGGCCGAGGUACAAUGUCGUAACUUUUGCCCAGCCGAGCCCUUGAGUCUUUUUUUGAUGGGGCCCCAUCUGGUUCCUGACCGCUGGAGGGGGAGGAAAUAUGCUCCUGUGUGUGGACCAAAGGGCGGGCGAUGCAGGGUUCCAGCACAAGAGGGUCGAACAGGUUGGGAAGUCUGGGAGGAAGAUGCAAUCAAUGCUUUUCCACUGACGUCGCAAACACGGUACCUAGUGUAUCCUGCCUACCUACACCUCUGCCCCUGCCUGAUUUGGCCAAGCAGCUCCUGCAUUGCCGGCCCGUUCUCUGCCGCUCGAAACGGAAACCCAAAAGAAGCAACCUCAACAUUUUUGUUCCCUAUCAUUGAUUGUUAUUGUUGCUCAAGACCGCAAUCGCAAACAACAAAAAGCUGCGCCUACCCUUAACCUUAACCGUCAACAGCCUCCCUACCCCCCACCCUCUCAAUUCGCCGUCGCCGACCUUCUCACCGAGAGGCACGCGGCCGAAAAGGGCCUAGGCAGACGAGGAGGAGAAGAAGACGAGCGGAACGGGACGGAGAGAAGGGACGAGAAGACCAGAAAGUGCCGCAAAAAUGGCUGCGCCGCAGAGCAGCUUCCGGGAGCUGGGGCUCUCCAUCCUGGGAGUUGGCUCACAGUACCCCCCGUACUCGCUCAAGCCGGAUGCGGUCGAGACUCUGGGGAAGCGCUUUUACCCAGAUUCGCCAGCCAUGAAGAAGGUGCUAGACAUAAACCGCUACACGGGCAUCGAGGGGCGCUCCUCGAUCGGCAACCCAGACCACCCCUUGGUCAACGGGCCGACGGCGCCGUCAAUAGCGGAGCUGCACAGCACCUUCAUGAGCGACGGCGUGCCCCUGGCCAUCAGCGCCGCGCGCCGCGCGCUGGAGGACGCGGGGCUGGGCGGCGACGACGCGGCCGCCCAGAUCACCCACGUGGUCUCCACCACGUGCACCGACAGCGCCAACCCGGGCUACGACCACUUUGUCGCCCGUGCGCUGGGCCUGUCCCCCUCGGUCGAGAAGGUGCUCCUGCACGGAGUCGGCUGCAGCGGCGGGCUCGCCGCCCUGCGCACCGCCGCCAACCUCGCCCUCGGCCACGCCAUGCGCGGCCUCCCGGCGCGGAUCCUGGUCCUGGCCCUCGAGGUCAGCACCACGUUUGUGCGCAGCGAGCUGGAUAGCAUCAACUCGGAGCAGACCACCAGGAUCGGCGUCUGCCUCUUCUCCGACUGCGCCAGCGCCGUCGUGCUGAGCAACGGCGUCGGCCAGGCCCCGACCACAGAGCCCGCGUUCGAUCUGCUCGGAUGGCAGAACAGGACGAUACCAGACUCGGAAGUCGACCUUGGGUUCGAUGUGGAUCCGGCUGGAUGGAAGGUUAUCUUGACACAGCGCGUGCCCAAACUGACGGCCGAGGUGCUCCGGCCGACGUUCGACUCGCUGAUGUCGUCGCUGCCGCCACUGCCCAAGACGUACGGCGCAGCGGCCGACUUCGACUGGGCCAUGCACCCGGGCGGGGCCACGAUUCUGAUGGGCGCCGAGAAGGCCAUGGGGAUGGCGCCCGAGCACAUGCGGGCGAGCUACGACACGUACAUGAACCACGGCAACUCGAGCUCCGCCACCAUCUUCAGCGUCCUGGACCGGCUGCGCCAAAAGGACAUGGACGCCCACACCCCUGGUGGCCGGCCCCCGGCCGACUACGUGGUUGGCUGCGCCUUCGGCCCCGGCAUCACAGUCGAGAUGUGUAUGCUGCGCAGGAGGCGGCAGGGCGCGGCCGCCGUUACGGGCCUGCAGACGCCGCCCGAGACAGAGAGCGAGGCCAGCAGGAGCGACGACGAAGACGACGUGCAAUCGAAACGGGCUGCGCCCCAGAGCAGCAGCAGAAAUGGCAACAAGAGUAGCGGCGUUGCGGGUAGUUCUAAUGGAUUUGUUGAGUCGGCAGGAUCGGAUGCGUUCAUAAGCGAGGCGUUGGCUGGGGUCGAGUUAGACUAGAGGGUCUCCUGAGACGUUAAUGGAAUGGGUGUGGUGGCGUGGGUCACACACACUUCUAGAGUGUGGUCAGCUGGGCUGUCGAGGAGGUUGUCGGCACGUGUGCAUCAUACAUGUGCUUGAGGCCAAGAACCACGGUGUGCUUUCAGCCUGCCACCCAGAGGUGCAGAUUAUCUUUCAAUAACAUCUACCACCUGGGCCCUAUUUUAGACACAUACAAUACAAACGUUCCAUUAGUCAUGGUCC